CGGUAAACCCAAUUUAAUAAAUAUAAGCCUCUAUAGGUACCUAAAGCAAAGAGAUAAUGACUGGUAAUGCUCUCUGCUUCGCCUGUUUUGGAGACAAGAAAUAAUUGUGGUAAUAUUGCGAAAGACUCCAAAUAAAUGCUAAAGGUCCAUAAAACUUCUACAACCGAUGGUUCAUGAUUGAUCAAUAAAGCUAGUACAAAGGUAGGUAGAACUAAAAAUUCAAUUCUGAAACAUACAAGACACACAUUAUUUGUUAAUAAAACAUGAAACACGCAAAGUGUAGUUUAUAAUCAUAAACUGUUAAAGAUUAUAUAUAUAUAUAUAUAUAUGUAUGUGUAUAUAUAUAUGUAUAUAUAUAUAUAUAUAUAUACCUGAAAGUAUCAUGAUUAUGAUCAUAUGUAGCCUUAAAUUUCAUAUACAUUAGAUAAAUCGUUGUAUAUGAUGCUGAGAGAAAUAUAAUCUUCAUAAAAGUGUUGUAGGCUGAAAUGUAUGUGUUUACCAGAUCUAGAUAUCGUGUCGUGUAAACUAGUGCAAAUAAUAUUUGCGAUUUUCCGCUGAUACCUAUAUAUCAUUUGUAUUAAAUAAAUUAUAAAUAAAUAUUGAAUAUUGAAGAAUAAUCAAUAAAAACGUGUUAAAAGGAAUAAAAUAUUAGAUAGAGAAAUCAUUAAUAUAUCAUGGUUAGUAUUGAAAGACGACAAUACAAACCGGCACAACUUCGUGUUUUCCAUAUUUUUAAUAGCAAUAUAAUAAUGGCUAAAAGGUGCGAUAAGUCACCUAAGAGGCGAAAAAUGUUCAUAUCUUCGUUUACUAAUCACUAAUUCCUUCACACAAAGGAUAAAACCACACAGUGCACCAAUCUCUUAACGCAUCUAAAUAUGACGUGGCUUUAGACGCUGCAUUGGCAGAUGGCCGAACGAUUAGUACUAUUUCAGCCGGAAGUGUAUACGUAUUUAUGUGAAUGAAACGUCCUCCUUUGUUCUUCUUAAAUACUAUUUACAAAUGCAUUUAAAUAUAAGAAACACCUUUAUCUUUGAGAAUAUUUAUAAAUAUUUCCAUCUUCUACAUGAUAAUCUUAAUAAUUUAUUUAAAAAAAAUUAUAUAAAGAAGAAAAAAAUUCCUUGUAGUUUGAUUCGCCCGCGCAUUGUUUCCACAAAAUGUUUACCAAUAAUAUUUUUACACCGCGUUGGGCGUAUUAAUUUUUAUGCCAAUUUUUCGUGAUCGUUAUUUAAAUAAUAUAUUUUUUGUUAAUAAAAUUUUUCUUAACCUCGCCGAAUUUUUUUCCAAAUAUUAUCUGUUGAUACAUCUAAAAAUAGUAUAUAUAAGAUAUAUUUUGAUUGUUAAUUAUUGAUACAAUUUUCCAUCCAGAGAUUUUAAUUUUCAAAAGUUUGCGAAAAUUAAUCUAUAUGAUUACUAAUCUUGCCAAUAGAUGGUUACUGUAUGGUUACUCUGCGAAGUAAACAAUUUGAAUAGGUUGCAAGUAAAAUCUGAAAUUAUUUUUAUUGUUUAUUAGUUCAUUAGAAGUUGUGAUGAAAAAUGGAAAAUGCCGAAUUAGAACGAAUAAAAAUAAAACUCCUUAAAGAAACAUCUGCUUUGGAAAAAGAACUCAAAGAGCAAGAAAGCAUUGGACAUCAACAAUUAUCUUCUUUGGCCGAAAAUGCAAAAGAAGACUAUAUGAAUAAAUCUUCAUUGGAAGAAAAUAAUAAAUUAUGUGAUUUUUCACAUCACCUAACUGGAAUAAUGUUUAAAGAUGCGAAAAAAGAUUGGAUUGAUGAUAAAAUUUAUAAGUAUACAGCUAAUGUAGUAACCAAAGCUAUUAGCUUUUAUUUAGAAUUAACCAUGGAUUUGAAAGAUGAUCCUGAUUUCGAAGUAAUUGAUAUAACUUGUCACUUUAUGGAUGUUCCACCUUGUUUUAUGUUAGAAAUGACACCGUGGGUUCAAUUUCUUGCCAAGUUAAAAAAUUUCUCCUUUUUUAUGUCUGCAAUCUCUGAUUAUAGUCAAUAUAAUGUUUUGCGCAACAAAAUUGUAAAUUCUUUACAUACUAAUAAUUAUAUAAAUUUUUAUGACCAUGAAGAAGGAAAUGGUGGAAUUUUAUUAGAUCUAAGAUCACCGAAAAAUCCAGACCAGAUAUAUCUAAAAUAUCAAUGGUCAUUGAAAUUUUUUGAAAAAACCUGUCAUAUAGAGCAUUAUUUUACAAUAAAUGCUACAGAAUUUGGCAUGGAAUUUGUUGAAGCAAAUACUUCAUUACUUAAGCAAUUUUGCAAGUUGAAUCUCAAGAAGAAAGAUCUGAUUGAACUAUGGGCACAAUUAUGUACUGCUAUUGACAUUUAUGAAGAUAAAAAUAUAUGAAAUAUUCAAUGUUUAAAUA